AUGUGUGGCUCGGUAGAAGCUGAGACUUACCAUUCGCUAUGCUCAUUUAGCAAAGUUCUAGAAGGUCUACGAAGGCUUGUUCUGUUUGCAUGGAACAAACCAUUGGCCGGCCCUCGAGGCUUCAGGCCAGCGGUGAACCAAUUGACAAAGCAUCACGAGACGGUAUCAGCCACUGUUCUGAGACCAGACCUAGGCUUUAUGAUGUCGGCUGAGAGAAUCAAUGCUCCAACUGUCCCUGUAGAUUACUUGCACCCCCCUGGGGUAUUGCAGGCUCUGGGGAUCUCAUUCUCAUCGAGGCCACCUUCGUUCCACCGCCCAUCUGGAGUUACCCACGACCAGGGUCGCGAUGCAAUACCAUCAGAUCAGACGCCUGCUGAUGAUGACAUCUUGGCUCUGCAGGCCGGUCGCCAGACGGCGAACUCAUGCCGUCCACGAGCAUCUAGCAACCGAUCUGAAGUACAUAUGACGAGCUGCUCGAGCAACCGGGGGACUAGGCAUUUUACUCGUAUGACCAAUAACGAACGAGCAGGGCUAGAUGAGACUGGCUCGGCGAGGCGGAUAUUUGAGAGGUCUCAGACCAACGGGAAGCCGCAGCUCGCUCUUGUAUCACCAGACGCUGCUUUUCCGCCAGCUUAUAAUUUCCAUCGGAUCUCAGGGGAGGCCAAGCUAGGAAUCUCAGUUUUGGAAUGGGAAAGGAAAGGAACUGGCCUCGAUUGUCUCACAUCCGCUCCAGCCGAUGACUGCCGACGGGCAUUAAUGCUGAGCUUCCACGCGGGAUUCUGUGCCGGGGCCCCACGAUUCUGUGGCGUGCCAGCUCUCUGCGGGGAGAAGCGCAGCGGCUUGGAAUCGGCGUUAGAAGACAAUAGAGAAGGAUUCCGGCCGAGCGGAAGUACGACAGGUUCUCUGGUGGUUAGUGGAUGGGUAGACCGCGACAGGGGGGCUGGUCUGAGAAAGGCAGAGGAAAAACUCAAUUCAAGACAAUGGGAAAUUACUCAGGCUGCCACACGCUUGUUUGAGGGGCGAAGAGGGGAGUCAUCGCAUGUGUUUGUGAAACGUGAUGCUCAGGCUCAGGCUGGGAGCACAGAGGGAAGGAGUUGGAUGGAAGAAGAUGAAAGAGACAGUAGAAACUGAGAAGGUAUACUAGAGCAUGCAGUAGUACCCCGUAGUCCAUUAGUUUAUCGCUCCUUCCCGAGCGGGACUGACUGCAGUACUUCCGGGCGGGUCCCGUGGCGCCUUCCCAAUCCAUCGUCACUGCUAACUUAUUCAUGUGCCGACUUUGUACUCGUACUUCCAACUGGCUUCUGAUCUUCUCUACACAAGCUGAACAGG